UACACGGCAACAACACCGCCGUCAGAGAGAGAGAGAGAGAGAGAGACCAAGAGAGAGAGAGAUACGUAGAGAGAGAGAGAGACUGGCUGCUUUUUUUGGAGGGAGCACAGGGAGCCUUCGACGCUGCGGAUAUGAACUGAGCAGAAACGCUGGAAGAGGCAGGGACCGCGUCUCCUACAUCCCCGACACCACCACUGUAGAAGGUGGAGCGCUAGCCCCCACCCCCGAACACAAAACCCUCCUCUCUCUCUCUCCCCCCUCUUCGCAUUGAGAGCUCUACCCACAUCCAAAACAGAGCCCCGGCCGAGCCCCCCCUCCCGCCGCCGCCGCUCCACCUCCACCCGCUCCGGCAACCGAGAUGCACACGGAGACCCGUAACAAGAAAUGCCAGUCGACCCCUAAGCAGAAGAAGAGACCGGCCGGCGCCCAGAAGAAGCUGAGGAGCGCGGCCAAGCAGAGCGCCGCGACCGCGCCGCAGCCGCCGCCAUCGUCUUCCUCAUCGCCGCCGCCGCCGGAAGAGGAGGAGGAGGAGGAGGAGGAAGAGCAGGCGACCAGGCCUCGGCCGCCGACGCCGCAGGAGAAGGCGGCGGUCAAGGGGGAGCGGGAGGAAGUGGCGACACAGUCUGUGAAGAAGCGGAAGAAGAAGAAGGAGGAGGAAGAGGAGGAGGAGGAAGAGGGCGGUACAGCCAUGCCCUCUGUACAGAUCAAACCAGAGCCGGAGGAGAUGGAGUGCACGCGGGCGGACGUCGGCGCCGACUGCUCGCAGCCGACGGACCUCAAGGUGAAGACGGAGCCGCUCUGCAAGACGGAGCCGUCCUCGCCGGCGCCGCGCCCGGCCGAGGACCAGACGGAGCCGGUGGACCUGUCGCUCAACGGGCCGCGCUCCUUCGUGAAGCCCGCCGCCUUCACCACCAGCAUCACGGUCAACCCGGCGCCCGGCGUGCUCAUGAGCCAGCCCGGCCUGUUGGCCACCACGCUGCAGACGAUAGGCUCCAUGGUCCUCUCUCCGGGCUCCAUCUUGGCGACGCAGGGCGCCGGGGGCCAGCAGAUCCUCCACGUCAUCCACACCAUCCCCUCGGUCAGCAUGCCCAGCAAGGUGGGGCAGCUGCAGACCAUCCCGGUGGUGGUGCAGUCGCUGCCCGUGGUCUACACCACCAUGACCACGGACGGCGUCGCCACGGCGGCCAUCACGGUGCCGCUCAUAGGCAGCGACGGGCGCUCAGAAGGAUCCGUGCGCAUCAAGCCCGGUUCAACGUCCCCGGUGGAGUACCAGAGCGACAGCGACGCGGAGAGCGGCACGGAGUCCGGCUCGGCGUCGCUCAGCGCCCAGAGCCUCGACCACGGGUCGGUGAUGGACCUGGAGCCCGUGGACCCGGACUCUCCGGACAUCAAGAGGAGGCGGAUCCACAUGUGCGACUACGAAGGCUGUAAAAAGGUUUACACCAAGAGUUCCCACCUCAAAGCCCACCGGAGGAUACACACAGGAGAGAAACCCUACCACUGCACCUGGGAGGGCUGCACCUGGCGCUUCGCCCGCUCCGACGAGCUGACUCGGCAUUUCCGCAAACACACGGGCAUCAAACCGUUCCGCUGCACCGAGUGCGACCGCUCCUUCUCCCGCUCCGACCACCUGUCCCUGCACCGCCGCCGCCACGUCAUGAUGUGAACUGCACCCCCCCCCCCCCCCCACACACACACCACCCCCCAACACCUGACAAAACCAACCUCUGACCCUCUGAAAUCCCCUCCCAGCACAAUUUGUACCAGUGCCCCCCC